AUGGCUUCGACCAUUCCUCUGUUUUUGAGAGACUCUAAGAAGACCUUUUAUCACAUCCAUCAUGGAUACGGCCAGGCUCGAAAUUCCUUAGAAUCACAAUCCGAAGCCGAACCGCAAUCUCCCAGAGCGGUUGGAGAUAGGAAUAACAGAAAAAGAUUAAGAACCUUUGGUGGAUUCAAUUUUCCAUCCAAAGAGGACGAAAACCUAAAAAAGAAAGUGCAAUAUAUUAAUGAGAACUUUCGAUUAAACGACCUAGUUGUUUUGUGCAACUUAUUAAAUGUUCAGUAUGACGGUACUAAAGACGAAAUCGUCGAAAGGCUUGUUCUUUCUCUUUCUGAUUUAAAAUCAUUACAAUCAAAUCUGAUCUUGGCAGAUGUUGAUACCGAAGACGAAGAUGUAUUAGAAGUUCAAAGUGUUGCCGAUGAUCCACCUAGCAAUAAUUGUCUGCGUGUUUCGGAUAUGACUAAACUUUCCAUUAACUUUCAUGACGUGAAAAACGUAAUCAAACCUUUCGAUGGUAGUGAAUAUUGUUCUAUCGAUAAAUGGCUGGUUGCAUUCGAAGACUUUGCUAAAAUGAUGACUUGGUCUGAUUUACAUAAAUUUAUAUUUGCAAAACAAUCCUUAACAGGGUUAGCGAAAUUAUUUGUUGAAAGUCAAAGCGGUAUUAAUUCCUGGGAUAAAUUGAAAUCGGAAUUAAAAGCGGAAUUUGGCAGUAAAUAUAACUCAGCGCGAUUGCACGGUAUGUUGGCUAAACGCCAAAUGCUCCCCAAUGAAUCCGUGCAAGAAUAUUUCUUUAAAAUGCAAGAACUCGCUAGUCAUGGAAAAAUUGAGCCUGACGGGUUGAUCGAAUAUGUUAUUUCUGGUAUACGUGACAUACCCAGUAACAAAGCGAUGUUAUACGGAACAGAUAAUUUGACAGAAUUUCGUGAAAAGUUGAGAGUAUAUGAGAAGAUCCGGUCUACAUAUUCUCGUUCGUUUCAGUCUAAACCGAAUCUACCUACAGAGCAUCGAAAACCCCAGCCUUAUCGAAAUAAGCAUGACAGUAAAACUGUCAAAUGUUUUAAUUGUAAUGAAAUUGGUCACAUUUCGAGUAAUUGCUCGUAUAAAUCCGAAGGUAUUAGAUGUUUUAAGUGCAAAAAAUUCGGCCAUAAAGCUAACGCUUGUCCUCAAAAAGAAGUAAACAAAAUGGAACUAAGUCAUUUCUCUAGAUGUAACAACAAAAUUGAAACGGAUGUUGAAAUCCUAGGUGCAAAAACAAAAGGACUCAUCGACACCGGGUCGGACGUAACGAUGAUACCAAGGCAUUUUUAUGAUAAAGUAGGGACUCCGAAAUUAAACUCAGAUGAUGCAUCUUUAAUUGGAUUAGAUGGGAAUAGUAUUUCUCCGUUAGGUUUCUUCGAAAGUGAAAUAAAGAUUGACGAAUACUCUCUUCCUGCAAAUAUUUACGUGGUAGAAGGUGAUCUGUGUAAUUCUAUAAUAAUAGGAAUAGAUGUUCUGAAUAAACUGAACUUCUCUAUAACAAACUACGGAUUCAAAGUCAUGGGGAAACGAAGUCAAAAUACUAUUCGUGUUAAUUAUACUCGAAUUUUUGUUCCCGAUGGAAAGUCUGCGGCUGAAUCAACACUCGUUAGAUCAGAUGACGCCUCUAGAAAAGAGCAGACGUCCCUUUCGCAUUCCACUGAGUGGGGAGAGGGAAACGGUUUUCAAGACUAA